AUGGGGCUGUCGCUCGCUCGGCUGGUGGCCGUCUGGCUGGCCCUGUCCUUGGCCAGGGGAGCGGAGGAGCUCCCACGAGAAGGCAGGACCCGCAACCACGGCCACAACGUCUGCAGCACGUGGGGAGACUUCCACUACAAGACCUUCGACGGGGACGUGUUCCGCUUCCCUGGGCUCUGCGACUACAACUUCGCCUCCGACUGCCGCGAGGCCUACAAGGAAUUCGCUGUGCACCUGAAGCGCAGCGCGGGCCGCGACGGGGAGUCCCCCCAGGUCAAGUACAUCCUGCUCACCAUCAAGGAUGACACCAUCUACCUCACACGCCAGCUGGCGGUGGUCAAUGGAGCCAUGGUCAGCACCCCACACUACAGCCCCGGGCUGCUCAUCGAGAAGAACGAGGCCUACACCAAGGUCUACUCCCGCGCCGGCCUCACCCUCAUGUGGAACCGCGAGGACUCAGUCAUGCUGGAGCUGGACAGUAAGUUCCGGAACCACACGUGUGGCCUGUGCGGAGACUACAACGGCCUGCAGUCCUACUCAGAGUUCCUCUCAGACGGCGUGCUCUUCAGCCCCAUCGAGUUCGGAAACAUGCAGAAGAUCAACAAGCCCGAGGUGGACUGCGAGGACCCCGAGGAGCUGCAGGCCCCCACAGGCUGCUCUAAGCACCGCGCCGAGUGCGAGAGGCUGCUGACGGCCGCCGCCUUCGAGGACUGCCAGGGGCUGGUGCCGCUGGAGCUGUACGUGCGCGCCUGUGCGGAGGACCGCUGCCGCCGCCCCGCGGACGCCACCGACUCCUGCCUCUGCAGCACCCUCUCUGAGUUCUCCCGCCAGUGCUCCCAUGCCGGGGGGCGGCCCCAGAACUGGAGGACCCCCUCGCUCUGCUCCAAGAGCUGCCCCGGGAACAUGGUCUACCUGGAGAGCGGCUCGCCCUGCAUGGACACCUGCUCCCACCUGGAGGUCAGCAGCCUGUGCGAGGAGCACCGCAUGGACGGCUGCUUCUGCCCGGAAGGCACGGUGUACGACGACGUGGCGGGAGGCGGCUGUGUCCCCGUGAGCCAGUGCCACUGCAAGCUGCACGGGCGCCUGUACGCCCCAGGCCAGCAGAUCAACAACGACUGCGAGCAGUGUGUCUGCAACGCCGGCCGCUGGGCGUGCGAAGAGCGGCCGUGCCCCGGGACCUGCAGCCUGGAGGGCGGUGCCCACAUCACCACCUUCGACGGGAAGAAGUUCACCUUCCACGGAGACUGCUACUACGUCCUCGCCAAGGGUGAGCACAACGACUCCUACGCCCUCCUGGGCGAGCUGGCCCCCUGCGGCGCCACCGACAAGCAGACCUGCCUCAAGACGGUGCUGCUGCUGGCCGACAAGAGGAAGAACGUCGUGGCCUUCAAGUCGGACGGCAGCGUCCUCCUGAACGAGCAAGAGGUGAACCUGCCCCACGUGACCGCGAGCUUCUCCAUCUUCCGGCCGUCCUCCUACCACCUCAUCGUGAACACGGCCUUUGGCGUCCGGCUGCAGAUCCAGCUGGCCCCGGUCAUGCAGCUGUUCCUGACGCUGGACCAGGCCGCCCAGGGCCAGGUGCAGGGCCUCUGCGGGAACUUCAACGGCCUGGAAGGGGACGACUUCAAGACGGCCGGUGGGCUGGUGGAGGCCACGGGUGCUGGCUUCGCCAACACCUGGAAGGCCCAGUCGAGCUGCCACGACAAGCUGGACUGGCUGGACGACCCCUGCUCCCUCAGCAUUGAGAGCGCCAACUACGCUGAGCACUGGUGCUCUCUGCUGAAGAAGGAGGAGACCCCCUUUGGCAGCUGCCACUCCGCUGUGGACCCAACUGAGUACUAUAAGAGGUGCAAGUACGACACCUGCAACUGCCAGAAUAACGAGGACUGCCUGUGCGCAGCGCUCUCCUCCUAUGCGCGCGCCUGCACCACCAAGGGCGUCAUGCUGUGGGGAUGGCGGGAACGUGUCUGCAACAAGGACGUGGGCGCCUGCCCCAACUCGCAGAUCUUCCUCUACAACCUGACCACCUGCCAGCAGACGUGCCGCUCGCUGGCUGAGCCCGACAGGCACUGCCUGAGGGGCUUCGCGCCUGUGGACGGCUGCGGCUGCCCCGACCACACCUUCCUAGACGAGAAGGGGCGCUGCGUGCCCCUGGCCAAAUGCUCCUGCUAUCACCACGGCCUCUACUUGGAGGCGGGCGACGUGGUCCUGAGGCAGGAGGAGCGCUGCGUCUGCCGGAACGCGAGGCUGCAGUGCGUGCAGGUCCAGCUGAUCGACCAGAGCUGCACAGCCCCGAAGAUCCUGGUGGACUGCAACAACCUGACUGCCCUGGCCACCCAGAACCCACGCCCCGUCAGCUGCCAGACGCUGGCCGCCAGCUAUUACCAGACCGAGUGCAUCAGUGGCUGCGUGUGCCCCGAGGGGCUGAUCGAUGAUGGCCGCGGCGGCUGCGUGAAGGAGGACAAGUGUCCCUGUGUCCACAACAAGGACCUCUACUCCCCUGGGGCCAAGGUCAAGGUCGACUGCAACACCUGCACCUGCCAGCGGGGCCGCUGGACUUGCACCCAGGCCGUGUGCCACGGCACCUGUGCCAUCUACGGGAGCGGCCACUACAUCACCUUUGACGGGAAGUACUACGACUUUGAUGGGCACUGCUCCUACGUGGCCGUCCAGGACUACUGCGGCCAGGACUCCUCACUGGGCUCCUUCAGCGUCAUCACCGAGAACGUCCCCUGUGGCACCACGGGCGUGACCUGCUCCAAGGCCAUCAAGAUCUUUCUGGGGAGGACGGAGCUGAAGCUGGAGGACAAGCACCGCGUGGUGAUCCAGAGGGACGUGGGCCACCGCGUGUCCUACACCACCCGGGAGGUGGGCCAGUACCUGGUGGUCGAGGCCAGCAUCGGGGUCAUCGUCAUCUGGGACAAGAAGACCACUGUCUUCAUCAAGCUGGCCCCCCGCUACAAGGGCGCCGUUUGCGGGCUGUGCGGGAACUUCGACCACCGGUCCAACAAUGACUUCACCACGCGGGACCACAUGGUGGUGGAGAACCAGCUGGACUUCGGGAACAGCUGGAAGGAGGCCCCCACCUGCCCCGACGUGAGCAGCACCCCCGAGCCGUGCAGCGCCAACCCGCACCGCCGCUCCUGGGCCGAGAAGCAGUGCAGCCUGCUCAAGAGCAGCGUCUUCAGCGCCUGCCACAGCAAGGUGGACCCCAAGCCCUUCUACGAGGCCUGCGUCCACGACUCGUGCUCCUGCGACUCGGGUGGAGACUGCGAGUGCUUCUGCUCGGCUGUGGCCUCCUACGCCCAGGAGUGCACCAAGGAGCAGGCCUGCGUCUUCUGGAGGACCCCCGACCUGUGCCGCUGCUACCCCCGGUGCCCCAAGGGCAGGCCCAUCUACGACGAGGACCUGAGGAAGUGCGUCACCCGGAACGAGUGUGGCUGUUACAUUGGCGACAACCGCUACCAGCCGGGGUCAUCGGUGCCCACCGAGGAUGUCUGCCAGUCCUGGGUGGGCAGGCUAGCGGCUGGCCACGGGGUCCAUGUGUGUGGCUCCCCCAAAGCUCGGCACCUGCAGGCCUUGGGUGAGGUGGUGUACAACGGCACUCAUGGUGGCCUGUGCUACUACGUCAACUGCUCGGUGGACUGCAAGCUGGAGUUCUUCAACUGGUCCUGCCCGUCCACGCCCUCCCCAACGCCCAGCCCUACCACGCCAUCCACGUCCACACUGUCCACACCGUCCACACCAUCCACACCCACGUCCACACCAACCACAGCUUCAAGCAGUCCAACACCCUCCAAGCCCCCUGGAUGCCCAGACCUUGUCCCUCCCAGAGAGGAGAACGAGACGUGGUGGCUGUGUGACUGCACCCAGGCCACUUGCAAACACGACAAGACAGUGGAGAUCUUCCAGGUGCCAUGCAAGCCGCCGCCCAUGCCCACCUGCAGCAACCAGCUCUCGCCUGUGCGCGUGCCGGACCCCGAUGGCUGCUGCUGGCACUGGGAAUGCGACUGCUACUGCACGGGCUGGGGGGACCCGCACUUCCGCACCUUCGACGGGCUGUACUACAACUACCAGGGCAACUGCACCUACGUGCUGGUGGAGGAGGUCACCCCCACGGUGGACAGCUUCGGGGUCUACAUUGACAACUACCACUGCGACACCAAUGACAAGGUGUCCUGCCCCCGCACCAUCAUCGUGCGGCACGAGACCCAGGAAGUGCUGGUCAAAACCAUCCAGAUGAUGCCCAUGAAGAUGCAGGUGCAGAUCAACAAGCAGGUGGUGGCGCUGCCCUACAAGAAGUACGGGCUGCAGGUGUACGAGUCGGGCAUCAACUACGUGGUGGACAUCCCCGAGCUGGGCGCCCUCAUCUCCUACAACGGCCUGUCCUUCUCCAUCCGGCUGCCCUACCGCCUCUUCGGCAACAACACCAAGGGCCAGUGUGGCACCUGCACCAACGACACGGCCGACGACUGCGUGCUGCCCAGCGGGGAGACGGUGGACAACUGCGAGCUCGCGGCUGACAGCUGGAUGGUGAACGACCCCUCCAAGCCCCACUGCCCUCACAGCAGCUUCACCACCAGGCGCCCAUCCGUGUCCAGCCCCGUGAGCACCCGCUCGCCCUGUACCCCGUCUCCUCUCUGCGAGCUCAUCAAGGACAGCCUGUUUGCCCAGUGCCACCGACUCGUGCCCCCCGACCAUUACUACGAGGCCUGCGUGUUCGACAGCUGCUGGGUGCCCGGCGCGGGCCUGGAGUGUGCCAGCCUGCAGACCUACGCAUCCCUCUGCGCUCAGGAGAAGGCUUGUGUCGACUGGCGGAACCACACGCAUGGGGCCUGCCCGGUCGUGUGCCCGUCCCACAGGGAGUACCAGGCCUGCGGCCCUGCUGAGGAGCCAUCCUGCAAGUCCAGCCUCCAGCAGCAGAACAGCACGCUGCUGGUGGAGGGCUGCUUCUGUCCGGAGGGCAAAGUGAGCUACUCGCCGGGCUUCGACGUGUGCGUGGACAUGUGCGGCUGUGUCGGACCUGAUGACGUGCCCAGAAAGUUCGGGGAGCACUUCGAGUUCAACUGCAACGACUGUGUCUGCCUGGAGGGAGGCAGGGGCAUCAUCUGCCAGCCCAGGAGGUGCAGCCAGCAGCCCCCCGCCAAGUGCACAGAGGAUGGCACCUAUGCCGUCAUGGAGCUCAACCCUGCCGACCCUUGCUGCAACAUCACCUCCUGCAAGUGCAACGCGAGCCUGUGCCACACGAAGGCCCCCCAGUGCUCACUAGGGUUCGAACUCAAGACCAAGAUCGUGCCGGAUCGGUGCUGCCCUGUCUACUCAUGUGAGCCCAAGGGCGUGUGUGUCCUGGAGAAUGCUGAGUACCAGCCCGGCUCCCCAGUUUAUUCUUCCAAGUGCAAGAGCUGUGUCUGCACCGAGGCUGUGGACAACAGCACCCAGCUCAACGUCAUCUCCUGCACCCAAGUGCCGUGCGUCAGCACCUGCGACCCUGGCUUCGAGCUUGUGGCGGCUCCUCCCGGCGAGUGCUGCAAGAAGUGUGCACAGACCCAGUGUGUCUUCAGUCAGCCCGGAGGCCACCAAAUCAUCCUGAAGCCUGGAGACAUGAAGAAGAACCCCCAGAACAACUGCAGCUUCUUCAGCUGCGUGAAAAUCCACGACCAGCUCAUCUCGUCCAUCUCGAACAUCACCUGCCCCGACUUCAACCCCAGCCUCUGCGUCCCGGGCACCAUCACGAUCAUGUCCAACGGCUGCUGCAAGACAUGUAUCCCUCUCAAUGAGACCAGCCUCCCCUGCACCACCGUUGCCAUGCAGAAGGAGAUCUCGCAGGCCGGCUGCACCGCGACGGUCACCAUGAACUACUGCUGGGGCUCCUGCAGGACCUUCUCCAUAUACUCGGCCGAGGCCCAGACGCUGGGCCACCAGUGCUCCUGCUGCCAGGAGCAGCAGACCAGCCAGCGCGAGGUGACGCUGCACUGUCCCACGGGGGGCUCGCUGCAGCACAGCUACACCCACAUCGAGAGCUGCCGGUGCCAGGACAGCGCCUGCGGGCUCGAGCGGCAGAAGCGCAGCUUCCCCGGCCUCACCGGCCGCCCCGGCCUGCAGCCCUUCCGGCCCCGGGGUCUGUGA